GAAGAAGGAGAAGAAGAAGGAGAAUUAAAAAGAUAUAUAGAGAAGGGAGAGAUUGUUGGUGUUGGUGUUGGGUGUUAUUGUUCUUCUUCUUUUCUCUACUGUCAUUUUCCAAGAUAUACUCUCGAGGAAGGAAACAGGGAAAAAAAAAAAGUAAAAAUAAAAACUCUCUCUAUAUUCACUCCUUUCAUUCUUCUUCUUCUCUUCUCCUCCUCCUCCAAAACCACAUAAUUAUCAAAAUCUCUCCAUUUCUUUUCUUCCCUUUCUAUGCCUUUCUGGAAUUCCCUUCUUCCUUUUGUGUCCUUCAUUCCUUUUUUCCAAGUCUUCUUAUUAUCUUCAGCUUCCCCUCUUCAAUCUUCAUCAUCUCUCUCUAGCUUUUGUUUGAGGAUAUACAAAAAGAAAUAGAAAGAAGAGAGUUAGCUCUAGUUUUAGCAAGCAUUUUUUUUUUUUUUUGGUUCAAAGGUUAGUCUUUUAUAUUCAUAUAUUAAAAAAGAAGAAGCAAGAUCUUCUUUAUGGCUUUAUAAUCUUUAAAGGGAUUUGCUUGGAGACAAGUAAAAAAGUUGAGGACUUGAGAGGGGUGUGUUUUUUGAUGUCUUUGGUGUUGAGUUUCCUCGUAUGAAGUUUAGGAGGAUUCUUAAAACACACAAAGGAAAGAAAAAGGGAGAGAAGAAGAAUUGAAAAACCAUAAAAACAAAAGAAAAAUAAUGCCUUUUGAAACAUCUUCAAAACCAGGUCCUGAUCUUUCUCUCCACAUUAGUCUGCCUUGCAGUACUACAAGUACUUCUUCUUCUUCUCCUAUCUGCAAUGAAAUAAAUGCAAGUUUUGAUCUUUCUAGAGAAGCUCCUAAAAAGUCCAGUCCUUUCAGUACUGAGCUUUCUUUAGCUCAUCCUGCAAAUUCCCAACUCCUUGGCGGCCUUGAUGAAAGCCUCAGGCUAAGAAGUUUCGGCGGCGGUGGAGGAGGAGGAGGAACAGUUAUUCAUCAUCAUCAUCAACAACAAGAAGAACAAAUAUCCCAUCAUCAUCAAAACCCUUAUAUUUAUAGCCACACACAUAACAUUUGUCAUCAGCCUAAUAACCAGCUGAAUCAGCUCAAUCAUGGAGUUUCUCUGCUGGAUGUUUCUUCUGAUAAUGGUGGGCUGAGGCCAAUCAAGGGUAUUCCAGUUUAUCACAACCGUUCAUUCCCUUUCUUGCCUGCUCUAGAUCAUCAUCAUCAUCAUCACACCAGAGAUACUAACAAAGAUCCAGGCAACAAGAUGAGCUUCUAUCAUCAUCUUCAUCACCAUAAUUCACCAUCACCUUAUUUCAAUAAUGGUGGAAGUUUAGAUCACAUGUCAAUCUUGAACUCAUCUUCCUCAGGGCCUAAUAACAAUAAUAACAAUGCAGCACUUCCUUCCUCAGCUUAUAGAAUCCCUUCUUCUACUAAUCCUUCAUCAAGAUUUAAUGGGCUUUCAUCAACAUAUCAUCAGUAUGGAUUAGGAGGUGGCUCUCAUCAUCAUGAGGUGGUUUCUCAUCAUGGGAUGAUGAGGUCAAGAUUUCUACCAAAACUUCCAGCUAAAAGAAGUAUGAGAGCACCAAGGAUGAGAUGGACUAGUACACUUCAUGCUCGUUUUGUUCAUGCUGUUGAGCUUCUUGGCGGCCAUGAAAGGGCUACUCCAAAGUCAGUACUAGAGCUGAUGGAUGUCAAAGAUCUAACUCUGGCUCAUGUCAAGAGCCAUUUACAGAUGUAUAGAACGGUUAAAACCACUGACAAACCUGCAGCUUCCUCAGGUCAAUCAGAUAACUCCGGGGACGAUGAUCUUUCCACGAUAGGCAGUGCCGGAAACGACCGUGCCGGAAUGCAGCGCGGCCGGUUCAUGGAUCAAAGAGGAGCCGGUUCGGAUCAUGGAUCAUUACAGCAAGAAUCUGAAUAUCCUUCUACUGCUACUACUACGACAACUUUGUGGAGCAAUUCUUCAAGUAGCAGAGAAGCGUGGAUGCAAAGCAACUCAGGUCAUGAUGUAAACGGGCUAAGAACAUCUUCAGCAAUUCCUGUAGAACAAAGAUCAGGACAUCAUUUAGAGGGAUGCGAUUCGUCUCGGCUCAAUAGCUACCUAAUCCCAGGUCUGGAACGUAAAAAUCCUAGCUUGGAGUUCACUUUAGGAAGACCAGAUUGGGUUGAAAAGGAAAUUGCCUGAUGUAAUUAAUCACCGCCCCCAUACUGAUUCUUCUUGUAACUCUUUCUGUGGACGUCCAUUUUUUUUCUUCUUUUUUUUUUUUUUUUUUCCUUUUUGUGAAUGGGAUGAAGGCAUUAUAUUAUAUAUAAAUAGGAGAGAUACUAACGAGGAAAUUAAGAAAGAAAAGAAAAAAGAAGUGAAAAAAAUGGCCCUUCUUGAUUCUGCAUGCAUGUUGUUGUGUCUUUUCUUUUUUUUUUUCUUUCUUAUCAUCAGUUUCUUCUUGCAUGCCCUAAUCG